AUGGCUGCUGGAGCUCACUGUGUUGUACAACCAUCUGCAAAGGGAAUGGAGUACACAUGGUAUGUUAGUACCAGUGUCCCACAAUUUCAUACAGUAACAUUUAAAUCUGUUAUUGGAAAUGAAAGGUCUAACCGUAGGACUACUGCUGAUGGGGAUCUUGGCGUUUCCAUUAGUGCACCUGGUGGUGCAGUUGCUCCUGUACCAACUUGGACGCUUCAAUCUCGCAUGCUCAUGAAUGGCACUUCCAUGUCAUCUCCUUCUGCUUGUGGUGGGGUAGCUCUUCUUGUUAGUGGCAUGAAGGCUGAAGGCAUUCCAUUAAGCCCUUAUUCUGUAAGAAAAGCAAUAGAGAAUACAGCCGCAUCUAUAAGUAAUGCACCUGAGGAGAAACUGACCACAAGAAAUGGGCUUUUGCAAGUUGAUAGGGCUUUUGAAUAUGCACAGCAGGCUAAGAAGUUGCCACUUGUUUCUUAUAGAAUCUCAAUCAAUCAAGUGGGAAAGUCAAGUAAAUAACUAAAUACCCUCUCUGU